AUGGCUGCUGACCCUGAGAAAGGCUUUUAUGCACCUUGUUCACACGAUAAAGUUUCAAAUCACCUGACUCUUCUUGCUGAGUCAUUACCUUCUGAAGUACCUGCGGAUUCGUCCGUAAUCGCAUUGAACAAUGGAAAUAGGAAUAGAUGUCCUGUCCCUGGCAUACUUUACAAUGCAAAUACAGUGGAGGACUUCAAAAAUAUUGACAGACAAAGCUUGCUCCAGGCUGAAGCUAAGAAGAUAUGGGAUGAUAUUCACUCUGGUAAAGUAGAGGAGAACAGCUCUUUGCUUUUGAGGUUUAUGGUUAUAUCAUUUGCGGAGCUGAAGAAUUGGCGUUUCAGUUAUUUGUUUGCUUUCCCCACUAUGGUUCUUGAUCCUCCGGCAAUGUUGGUCAGUUUGAAGCCAGCUUCACAAUGCCUUAGCUCAGAACAGGCUGAGUCUCUGUCUAAAGCAUGUAAUGAGUGGCGUACUCUGAGCUCGACUACAGGUCUGCCAUUCUUUCUUGUAUGUAUUGCUUCGAACUCUAUUGUUAGCAUUAGACAACUAGCGGAUUGGGAAGCCUGCCAGCGUGAUUGUGAUAAGGUUUUGUUUGGUUUUUAUGAUCCUUGUCACCUACCCAAUAAUCCUGGCUGGCCACUCCGAAAUUAUCUUGCAUAUGUUUGUACAAGAUGGGGGCUUGAGAAGAUUGAUUUUCUGUGCUACCGUGAGAGGCGUGGUGUUAUGGAUUUAGGGUUGUCUCUCAUCGGUGAAGUUGUAGUAUCUGUUUCACAAGGAUGGAAAUCUCGUGAACAUCUGCCUAAUGUUUUGGGAUGGGAACAGUAUCACGGGAAGACUAGACAGUCCGUCAGCCUUGCUAAGUCCAUGGAUCCAAAAAGUUUAGCCGUAUCUGCUGCGGAUUUGAACUUAAAGCUUAUGAAAUGGCGUGCCCUGCCCUCCCUUAACCUCAGUAGCAUAUCUUCUACUCGAUGUCUUCUGCUAGGAGCUGGUACACUUGGAUGUCAAGUUGCUCGGAUGCUUAUGGCAUGGGGAGUCCGUAAAAUUACAAUGGUCGAUAGUGGGAGGGUUGCCAUGUCAAAUCCAAUCAGGCAGUCCCUUUACACAUUUGAUGACUCCAUGAAUGGUGGUACAUUUAAGGCCAAUGCAGCAGUUCAAAGCCUAGAGCGUAUUUUCCAUGCAGUGGAAGCAGAAGGCAUUGUCAUGGCUAUUCCAAUGCCAGGGCAUCCAGUGACUAUUCAUGAGGAGCAAAAUGUACUGAAGGAUUGCAAACAGCUGCAGGAAUUAGUGGAACGCCAUGAUGCAAUUUUCUUAUUAACGGAUACAAGGGAAAGUCGGUGGCUACCUACCCUACUUUGUUCUAGUGCAAAUAAGAUUACUAUCACUGCAGGUCUAGGGUUCGAGAGCUUUGUAGUCAUGCGGCAUGGAGUUGGCCCAGUGAACAUUGGUGAAGGUUCAAAUGCUGUGAGCUUGUCGACUGAACUUGGUAAUCUUUCAAUUUCAAACAAAGAGAGCAGACAGAGACUAGGAUGCUAUUUCUGUAGUGACGUGGUCGCACCAAUUGAUUCAACUGCAAACCGUACCUUGGAUCAGCAAUGCACGGUUACUCGUCCGGGACUCGCUCCUAUUGCAUCAUCCCUUGCGGUUGAGUUAUUAGUCGGAAUCUUACAACAUCCUUUGGGGAUAUCUGCAGAUGCUGAAUUCUCAAUUGAUUAUACGAAAGAAGGGAGUCCCCUCGGUAUCGUGCCCCAUCAAAUUCGAGGUUCCCUUUCCAAUUUUUCUCAGACAACACUUGUUGGUCAUGCUUCUAGUUGCUGCACUGCUUGUAGCAGAACUGUAGUUGAAGAAUAUCAGAAGAGAGGAUUGGAUUUCGUCCUUGAAGCUAUCAAUAAUCCUAUGUAUCUGGAAGACCUAACUGGACUAACAGAGUUGAAGAACUCAUCUAACACAUUUGAUUUGGAUUGGGACGUUGAUAGUGGCGUUGAAGGAGUUUAUUCGACAGAAAUUCAAAAAAUGCAGCGUGCGCCAGCUACAAUUGAGGAACAGUUAAUUGUUAAAGCAAUUAAAGAGGAGUGCCCAUGGGAUAAUCUCCCUAAGAGACUUCAAGCCACUUUGAAUUCUAAGGAGGAGUGGCACAGAAGGGUAAUUGAUCAUUGCAUAAAGAAAAGACUGGUAUGGAACACUUGUUUUGCUCGAAAAGUCUGUAAAGAAAGUGAAUACUAUGAAGCAAUGAUGAGCUACCUAAGAAGGAAUCUCGCGUUGUUUCCUUAUCACCUUUCAGAGUAUGUUUGUCGCGUGAUGAGGCUUUCACCUUUCAGAUACUACUGUGAGAUGAUAUUUGAAGUCAUGAAAAAUGAACAACCGUAUGAUAGCAUUCCUAAUUUCAGUGCUGCAGAUGCUUUGCGACUUACUGGUAUUGGAAGGAAUGAAUUUAUUGACAUUAUGAACAAGUGCAGAUCUAAGAAGAUCAUGUGGAAGCUGAACAAGUCAAUAGCAAAGGAAUUAUUGCCUAAUCAGCCUGUAGACUUCACCAUUGAACCUUGGUGGGGAGUUUGUCUUGUCAACUUUACUUUGGAGGAAUUUAAGAAACUUUCAGAAGAAGAGAUGGCAACCAUUGAUAAAAUUUGUAAGGAGGAAGUAAAUUCGUUUAUCCUUUUCGAUCCUGAAAUUGUGAAGGGACUUUACCGCAGGGGACUUGUUUACUUUGAUGUUCCUGUCUAUCCAGAUGAUCGCUUCAAAGUUUCCAGGCUUGAAGGAUUUGUUUCAAAUAGAGAACAAUCCUAUGAAGAUCCCAUUGAAGAGCUGCUGUAUGCUGUUUUUGUGGUCUCAAAUGAGAAUUCAACUGUCUCGGAGUUGGCUACAACCUUGCAGGCUGAUCUUGGUCAGCUGCAAGCUGCUGCAUCUUUCGUUUGCCGAUUGGGAUGGGCAGAAAAGUUAAUAGAUCCAGCAUCUAUUCUUCAGGAUUCAAAUGUAACUGGUUCCCCGAAAAGCCUUCUUAGUGAUGAAGAUGAUGCCUCUCAUGCUAGUAUGGGCUCAGCAAAUAUGCCGAAUGAUGGAAAUGCUCUUUCACAAGGAGAUGCUUUAUGGACAGAGAACUCUGCACCAGCUUAUGGUUAUUCUCGUGUUGCGUUUGUUGUAGAUGCUAAUAUUACAUCCUACUUGAUGAUGGGAUCUGUAUCACCAGGUCUAAAAUCUCAUGCUGUAACAUUAUAUGAAGCUGGAAAACUUGGCCAUGAUAGCAUUAUGGAUCUUUGUAAAGAUUUGAGUACAUUAGAGGGUGCAAAGUUUGAAGGAGAGCUUCAGGAAUUUGCAAAUCACGCAUUCAGCCUGCGGUGUGUCUUGGAAUGUCUAACCUCAGGCGGGGUCAUCUCCGAUGAAAGAGACAAAGUUGAAAUAUCAUCUGUCAAUAAUGAGACUGCUUCGUUGGUUACUGAAACAUCCUUUUCCCAUGAAUCAGGAGAUUCUGGUUCAAGAGAAUAUGAAUCAAGUUCUGAUGGUCCAACUAGUUUAAAUGUACAGAUAGAGGAAUCUGAGUCUGGAGAGCAUACAACUGAAAAAGUGGGUAACGACAUGUCUUCUGCUACCUUUACAGAAGGCAGUGAUUCUGUUGUCGUGGACUCUGUUUCAGAUCUUAGCUCCAAGGGUGAUGAGAAAGCAGUACCCAUUGAAGGUUUUGAUACAGGAAAGGUGAUUUCAAAGAAGCAGAGGAAAUAUCGGGUGGAUAUUCUUCGCUGUGAAAGUCUUGCUGCUCUUUCUGCAGCAACACUAGAUCGUUUGUUUCUUCGUGACUAUGAUAUUGUUGUUUCUAUGGUUCCACUUCCACAUUCUGCCAUUUUGCCUGGAGCAAAAGGACCAGUUCAUUUUGGUCCCCCUUGUCAUACCUCAAUGACUCCUUGGAUGAAAUUGUUUCUGUACUCUGCUGUUGCUAGUGGGCCUCUAUCAGUUAUUUUAAUGAAAGGUCAAUGUUUAAGAUUGCUUCCAGCACCAUUAGCUGGUUGUGAGAAAGCUCUAGUAUGGUCUUGGGAUGGAUCAAGUGUGGGGGGUUUAGGAGGGAAAUUUGAAGGGAAUUUAGUUAAAGGUAGUAUACUUUUACAUUGUUUAAAUUCUCUGCUCAAAUAUUCAGCUGUACUUGUGCAGCCUCUCAGUAAGGAUGACCUUGAUAAGGAUGGAAAAACUGUUACUUUGGAUAUACCAUUGCCCUUGAAGAAUUCAGAUGGUUCACCAGCCUGCAUUGCUGAAGAACUAGGAUUGUCUCCAGAGGAGGGUUCUGAAUUGAAUUCAAUGUUGAAUGACCUAGCCAAAAAAAUAGAUCUCCUGACCAUUGGUUAUAUCCGCGUGCUAAGACUAUUCAAAGAAAAGGAGGCUGAGAACACUUUCCAAGAUGAUGAGAAAUAUGAAUGGGUUCCACUAAGUGUAGAAUUUGGAGUCCCUCUUUUUAGUCCAAAAUUGUGCAACGACAUAAGUAAAAGAGUGGUUUCUUCUCAGUUACUUCAGACAGAGUUUCUUUCUGAACAUCGGAAAGCUAUGCAGAACAUGAGGAAGGGUUUACGGGAUCUAUGUGCUAAUUAUCAAGCAACAGGUGCAACCGCCAAACUUUUGUACCAGAAAGAACAACCUAAAAAUCCGCCUAAACAACUUAUGAACUAUGCCAGUGGAAGGUGGAAUCCACUUGUGGAUCCUUCUUCUCCAAUUUCCGGGGCCUUAACUGAGCACCAGCGUCUAAAACUUGCAAAUCGACAGCGAUGUCGGACUGAAGUUCUGAGUUUUGAUGGUACCAUUUUGAGAUCCUAUGCUCUGACUCCUGUUUAUGAAGCUGCUACUAGACCCGAUGAAGAAUCCACAGCUAUGAUUACUACAAAAACUGAAUCAGAUGAAGCUGACAGUAGAGAAGUAGUUCUCCCAGGUGUAAAUCUUCUUUUUGAUGGAUCUGAGCUGCGCCCCUUUGAAAUAGGUCAGAUAAGGGAAUAUGGCAAGCUUAGAAUUCCUACUGUAUUUGCACGUAGAGGGCAAGAACAGACUUUGAUUCAGGAAGAAGCUCCAAUGACAGAGGUCAUUUCUCCAUUGAAACUUUCCCCAGGUCAGGCACACCCAUUAGGAGUUUCGGUACUUGAAAGUGGUGUGAAUUUUGCCAUUUUUUCCCAACAUGCCACUGCAGUCACCCUUUGCUUACAACUGUCUCAGAGUUGGGAACAGACAAAUCAUGGAGAGAUGGUAGAAUUAAACCUGGAUGCUAAAUUAAAUCGAACAGGAGAUAUAUGGCACAUAUGUGUUGAGGAUCUGCCUCAUUGUGGCGUCCUUUAUGGUUAUAAAAUUGAUGGUCCUCAAGAUUGGAGUCAAGGACACAGAUUUGACAAAAGCAAUAUGCUGAUUGAUCCUUAUGCUAAGUUAGUUGAAGGUCGACGAGUGUUUGCAGAUGUUGACCAUAAAAGGGCCAGAUUUUUCGGAACAUAUGAUUUUGAUACCUCACCAUUUGACUGGGGAGACAACUACAAGUUUCCCAACGUGGCUGAGAAAGAUCUUGUGAUAUAUGAAAUGAAUGUCCGUGCGUUUACGGCUGACGAAUCUAGUGGGUUGGAUCCAAGCAUACGUGGCAGCUACCUUGGAGUAAUUGAGAAAAUACCACAUCUCCUAGAGCUUGGCAUAAAUGCUGUGGAGUUGCUUCCUAUUUUUGAGUUUGAUGAAUUGGAGUUCCAAAGGCACCCCAAUCCUCGUGAUCACAUGAUCAAUACGUGGGGUUAUUCUACAAUAAAUUUUUUCGCUCCUAUGACUCGCUAUGCUAGUGCUGGUGGCGGACCUCUUAAUGCUUCUAGGGAGCUAAAAGAAAUGGUUAAGGCCUUACAUGGAGCUGGAAUAGAGGUGAUUUUGGAUGUUGUUUAUAAUCACACAAAUGAGGCUGAUGACAAGCAACCAUACACCACCUCAUUUCGUGGCAUUGAUAACAAGGUCUACUAUAUGGUGGAUUUGAACAAUGGAGGACAGCUACUGAACUUUUCAGGAUGUGGGAAUACAUUGAACUGUAACCAUCCUGUUGUCAUGGAGCUUAUACUGGACAGCUUAAGGCAUUGGGUCACUGAAUAUCAUGUCGAUGGAUUUAGAUUUGAUCUAGCCAGCGUCCUUUGCCGAGGAGUUGAUGGUUCUCCACUUAGUGCACCGCCACUUAUUCGGGCAAUCGCUAAAGAUAGCAUCCUGUCAAGGUGUAAGAUUAUUGCUGAACCUUGGGAUUGUGGGGGUCUUUAUCUUGUUGGCAGCUUUCCAAAUUGGGAUAGGUGGGCUGAAUGGAACGGGAAAUAUCGUGACGACAUUAGGAGAUUUAUAAAGGGUGAUGCUGGAAUGAAAGGCAGUUUUGCAACUCGAGUGGCAGGUUCUGCAGAUCUUUACAAAGUCAAUAAGCGCAGACCUUAUCACAGUAUCAAUUUUGUUAUAGCACAUGAUGGGUUCACACUUUAUGAUCUUGUUUCAUAUAACACUAAGCAUAAUGAUGCUAAUGGAGAAGGUGGCAAUGAUGGAAGUAAUGAUAAUUUCAGCUGGAAUUGUGGAGCCGAAGGAGAAACCUCGGACCCGAAAAUCCAGGCACUUCGAUCCCGUCAAAUGAAAAAUUUCCAUAUGGCGCUGAUGGUAUCACAGGGGGUGCCAAUGAUGCUCAUGGGGGAUGAAUAUGGACAUACUCGCUAUGGGAACAACAAUAGUUAUGGGCAUGAUACCGCCCUCAACAACUUCCAGUGGGCACAAGUGGAGGAGAAGAAUGAUCACUUCAGGUUCUUUGCUGAGUUGAUAAAAUUCCGAAAGGGACAUCAUAUCUUCAAACGAGAACAUUUCAUAGGCAAGAAUGAUGUGACAUGGCAUGAGGACAACUGGGGAAAUCCAGAGAGCAAAUUCCUGGCAUUCGCGUUACAUGACGAGAAUGGAGAAGAUAUUUACCUAGCAUUCAAUGCACAUGACUUUUAUGUGAAGGUUGGGAUACCGUCUCCUCCAAAGGGAAGACAAUGGUUCAGAGUGGUAGACACAAACUUGGUCUCACCAGAUGACAUACUCAGUAAGGGUGUUCCAGGCAUCGGGGAGACGUACAAUGUUGCACCUUACUCUUCGAUUCUCCUUAAAGCGAAGCAAUAA